GGCGGCGGGAGGGCUGAUGCCGCACAGCCGUGCCACGGUCCCGGCGGAGGCAUGAGGCGCGCGGAGCGGGCGGGGAGCGGAGCGGCAGAGCGCGGCUCCGCGCGGCCCUAAGCGAAGCCUCCGCGCCGCGCUCUCGCAGAGCGACUAUGGCCGGGGGAAGGAGAGGGCUGGUGGCGCCUCAGAACACGUUCCUGGAGAACAUCGUGCGAAGGUCUAACGAUACUAAUUUUGUCUUGGGUAAUGCCCAGAUAGUGGAUUGGCCCAUUGUGUACAGCAACGAUGGAUUUUGCAAGCUAUCAGGAUAUCACAGAGCAGAAGUUAUGCAAAAAAGCAGCACCUGCAGUUUUAUGUAUGGAGAGCUGACAGACAAAGAUACAAUUGACAAAGUCCGGCAGACGUUUGAGAACUAUGAGAUGAAUUCCUUUGAAAUCCUGAUGUACAAGAAGAACAGAACGCCUGUCUGGUUCUUUGUGAAAAUUGCUCCAAUCCGAAAUGAGCAGGAUAAAGUGGUUUUAUUUCUUUGCACUUUCAAUGACAUAACGGCUUUCAAGCAGCCCAUUGAGGAUGAUUCAUGUAAAGGUUGGGGAAAGUUUGCUCGCUUGACCCGUGCCCUCACAAGCAGCCGAGGCGUGCUGCAGCAGCUUGCUCCGAGCGUGCAGAAAGGAGAGAACGUUCACAAGCACUCGCGACUUGCUGAGGUACUGCAGCUGGGCUCCGAAAUUCUCCCACAGUACAAACAAGAAGCACCAAAGACUCCGCCACAUAUAAUUUUGCAUUAUUGUGUUUUCAAGACUACCUGGGACUGGAUCAUCUUGAUUUUAACCUUCUACACCGCUAUUUUGGUCCCUUACAAUGUCUCCUUUAAAACCAAACAGAACAAUGUGGCAUGGCUAGUAGUGGACAGCAUUGUAGAUGUCAUUUUUUUGGUAGACAUUGUACUUAAUUUCCAUACCACCUUUGUGGGGCCUGCAGGAGAGGUGAUCUCUGACCCAAAGCUGAUUCGCAUGAAUUACUUGAAGACCUGGUUUGUGAUCGAUCUGCUCUCAUGCUUGCCAUAUGAUGUGAUCAAUGCAUUUGAGAAUGUUGAUGAGGGCAUCAGUAGCCUCUUCAGUUCACUUAAAGUGGUCAGACUACUUCGUCUGGGUCGUGUCGCUCGGAAAUUGGAUCACUACAUUGAAUAUGGAGCAGCAGUCUUGGUUCUCCUGGUGUGUGUGUUUGGUCUCGCAGCACACUGGUUGGCCUGCAUUUGGUACAGCAUAGGAGAUUAUGAAGUUAUUGAUGAGGAUACAAACACGAUCCGAACUGAGAGCUGGCUCUAUCAGCUGGGAAUGUCAAUAGGAACACCUUACCGUUUUAACACAUCUGGCUUUGGAAAAUGGGAAGGUGGGCCAAGCAAGGAUUCUGUCUACAUCUCCUCAUUGUAUUUUACGAUGACCAGCCUCACCAGUGUUGGAUUUGGAAACAUUGCACCAACUACAGACGGGGAGAAGAUCUUUGCUGUUGCUAUGAUGAUGAUUGGCUCCCUUCUGUAUGCAACCAUUUUUGGUAAUGUGACAACCAUCUUUCAGCAAAUGUAUGCUAAUACGAACCGAUAUCAUGAAAUGCUGAACAGUGUCCGAGACUUUCUAAAGCUCUACCAGGUCCCUAAAGGACUGAGUGAACGUGUGAUGGAUUACAUUGUUUCCACCUGGUCAAUGUCCAGAGGAAUAGAUACUGAAAAGGUUUUGCAGAUAUGCCCUAAGGACAUGAGAGCAGAUAUUUGUGUGCAUCUGAACCGCAAAGUUUUCAAAGAGCACCCAGCCUUUAGGCUGGCAAGUGAUGGGUGCCUUCGGGCACUUGCAAUGGAAUUUCAGACAGUGCACUGUGCCCCGGGAGACCUGAUCUACCACGCUGGUGAGAGCGUCGACAGCCUUUGCUUUGUGGUUUCAGGGUCUUUGGAAGUAAUCCAGGAUGACGAGGUUGUUGCUAUUUUGGGCAAAGGAGAUGUUUUUGGCGAUGUCUUCUGGAAGGAGUCUACCCUUGCCCAGUCCUGUGCAAAUGUAAGGGCUUUGACCUACUGUGAUCUUCACGUGAUUAAGAGAGAUGCCUUGCAGAAAGUGUUGGAGUUCUAUACAGCCUUUUCACACUCCUUCUCCAGAAAUCUCAUUUUGACUUACAACUUGAGAAAAAGGAUUGUAUUCCGCAAAAUCAGCGACGUGAAACGAGAAGAAGAGGAGAGAAUGAAAAGGAAGAAUGAAGCCCCCCUGAUUUUGCCACCAGAUCACCCUGUCCGCCGACUGUUUCAGAGGUUCAGGCAGCAGAAGGAGGCACGGCUUGCAGCUGAGAGAGGCAGAGAUCCAGAUGACCUGGAUGUGGAGAAGGGCAACAUCCUAGGUGAGCACUCCUCCGCACGCUCAGUGGUCAAAGCCAGUGUUGUGACCGUACGGGAGAGCCCCGCGACCCCUGUGUCAUAUCAGUCGGCUUCAACGUCUGGGACAUCUGACCAGGCGAAGCUUCAGGCCCCCACAUCGGAGUACACAGGAUGUAAAGCAUCAGGGGAUUACCCCCGGAGAAAAGGCUGGGCCAAAUUCAAAGAGGCCUGUGGGAAAGGCGAAGACUGGAACAAAGUCUCUAAAGCGGAAUCUAUGGAGACAUUACCAGAGAGAACUAAAGCUUCAGGAGAAGCUACCCUGAAGAAGACAGACUCUUGUGACAGUGGCAUUACAAAAAGUGACUUGCGCUUGGAUAAUGUUGGGGAGACAAGAAGCCCACAGGACCGCAGCCCGGUCCUCACCGAGGUCAAGCAUUCCUUUUAUCCUAUCCCAGAACAGACUCUUCAGGCUACCAUGCUAGAAGUGAAACACGAGUUGAAAGAGGACAUCAAGGCUUUAAACACAAAAAUGACCAAUAUAGAAAAACAACUCGCUGAGAUACUUAGGAUAUUGACCUCAAGAAGAAGCUCCCAGUCACCACAGGAGUUGUUUGAAAUAUCAAGGCCCCAGUCUCCAGAAUCAGAAAAAGACAUGUUUGGAGCUAGCUGAGGUGUUUCUUUAUAAAAAAAACAGUCAAUCAAUCAAACAAACACCCCCCUAACAUUUUAAAUUUAAUCUCAAAAACGAGUGAGGGACCAAUUCACUAAGCAUGUUCCCUGUCUCUAAAAAGGUACAGUAGCAGGAAUUGCAACCUCAUGUCAAGAUGGCAGCUGGCUCUGAAGUCUUUUUGACAGCAAGGGUACAGUUUAUAAAGCUUUUCUUUUCUCCAUUGGUGCCCAUUCUCCCUGCUCCCUCUUUCUCCCUCAGGAUGUUGGAAUAAGAGCUCCGAAAGCAGCAGCCAUCCCCGUGAGCGCCAGGUGACCUCUUAGGUUUUUGGAGCAUGCCUUAUGUAGUUAGCUCAGUUUUUGCCUAUAUGAAUAAGGACUGGCCAGGGUGCUUAUGCUUUCAGCAAUUUAAUUUUUUUUGCUGCUGCUGUUGUCACUGUCUCAGUCAUCUGUACAGCAUGUUAAAUGUCACAGUAUAUUUUCAUAUACCUGUAAUAAAGCAAAGAGGAGUAGAAUUUGUGCUACUCAAUACCAAAGUUGCUCGUGGGUAGUCAAGGGAGAGCUGAAAAGAUGAGAAAAAAGUGUAAAAAGAAAAAAAAAGCACAUUUUAUUUCUAAUUCACAUAUUGCUAAACCAGUUGCAUUUAACAAUGUCCUCAGGUCUGUUAAUAAAUGGGGUCAUCCACAUUUUCAUUCUUUGAGUCAGGAUAUAGAUUUUCAAAAUCUUGACUUAUGUCUCAGAUGUCUUAGAACGUUACCUUUAUUUUUAAUGCUGGAGGAUGGAGGUUUGGGUGCGCAGUGUACCUGCAGAACGCGCAGGACGCUUUCUGCCCACUGCAGAACGUAUUGUGCGUCAGUGUCAAUAACCAUUCUGCAGACAUGCCUCCCUAUGAAAAUAUACUGUAGCAUUUAUGUCCUGUUUUUGCUAUGAAUCUGCUCUUUUAAUUCUUGUUAAAUUAUUCAGAAGUUUCUCUUUCGGUAAUGUUCAUUGUAGCCAAAGGCUUUCACAGAACUUUCAGAGAUUUUAGAUUGUGGCAUUUUUCUCUAUAUCCAGAUGUAUUGUUCUCGAUCUAAUCUAUCUAGAAAGUAAAUGGAGGUAGAAAUACAGUGCUUACUGUAUACAAGUGCUAUUGUAGCAAGGAAACAAGAAGAUCUGCUUCUUAACGAAGGAGAUGUUUCCAAAACUUAUAUUUUCAUAACUUUUUUGGAGGAAGAUUGAAGCACUUUACCAAAAUGACUGUUCAUUAUUCAUUAGUUAGGGUACCACAGAAGAUACCAUGGCUUGGGACAUGGGUAUAGAUUUGCAGUAAAUUCUCUUCACUGAUCUGGUACACUCACUGUUUAACAGUAGGUUAUUGUCCAGAGGCAUGUUGCAACACUUUUUGGGGUUUUCAUUCUUAGUGGCAAUACGUCCUAACGCACUGUGGGAGUAGUUCUCAUUCUUUUUCUAUGGUACUAAGUAAUUUACAAAAAAAAAAAACCAACAUAAUUUUUUGGAAGAGAUUUUGGAUUUGGGUUAAGUAAGGAAGAGAGAGGGUAAAUGACCAAUUAGAAAGGGUUUCUGGUGGCCUGAUGCUUGCAUGGGGCCAUGCAGAACUGUGCCACACAUCCCUGGGGAAGUGCAAGGCCCAGUGGUAAAGCUGCACACACAGUAUUGAGGCUGUGCUGUACAAAGCUACAAGCUCAGGCCUUGAAGGCAGUGUGUUUAUUUGUAUCUGUUCUGAGGGCAGCACCGCAGCGUGCAGCUGGUUUAGGGUUAGCUUUCAAGGGUCUUGCAUGUUGGUUCAGUAUAGAAGUGUUUACAGAUAAUAAAUUCUAAUCAAAGAUUGAAGGAUUCCUGAAAUGCUUGUCUGGAUCAAAUCUGCAUGCAACUUUUUCCCUCCCCUACGGAUAAGAAAAGACAUUACAGAAGUGACUUGCUAUGAAAGAGGCUAUGAAACAGGUGCAAUUUCCUAAAUUGAUUUCUGGUUCCAAGCUUGGGUUUUUCCAAUGGAAGCUGGUGUCUUUUAUGGUUAUGUACUGAGGGCAUACUGAGGAGAGCUCUUUUUGACCAAAGUCAUUGUGUGUUUGGUGCUUUAAUCAUUAUGAAUGGCAACAGCUACCUAAAAUAGCUAUGCCAUGAUUACCAUAAGGAAUCCAUACAACUGCAGUUUCAGUUAGGAACUACUACAUGGUUUUUCUCUCCGAAGUCCUCAGUCAGUAAAUUCAUUGGGCAGUGAAAUUAGGUCAGAAUAAACUACAGGUUUGCAAGUAUACAUGUAUUUGUAAUUGAUGCCCCGUAGAUCCAGCGAGGUUUGAGUGGUUCACUUGGUACCAGUUUUCUAAUCCAGGCAAACUGCUCAUCAGCGUUGUGUUUCCUUCGUAACAUGUUUGAAAGGCUGAAAGUCUUGGUGAACUCAGCUGGCAGCUAGCUACCUGCAGUCUGGUAAACAUGGAAAUUAGCUUAUCCCAGACGGAUGAGGGGGGAAAUGUUUGUCACCCCCCAGGUAUGUGCCUAAUAUCUCAAGUAUUGCAGCACAGAUGUAGGAUUAGAUGCGGAUUACCCAGUCCUCUGUUGCUGACUCCGCGUUGAUGUUUCUCAGUGGUCCAUCUUUCAUGUGUCCUCAGGGAUAUGUUUAAGGUUUUUCUGGUGUUGCUGGUUGCCUGAUCCUGGAGUCAUGGCAGGGUUAAUCCUAGAAGCCCCACAGUUGUUUGCACCGCCACGCGUGGUUCUGUGAGUAAAGGAGCACAAGUCCCCAUUUUCUGAGGGUACCCCAAGUGCAGCCUGAAGUUCAGUUCAGUUUGGAACACAGGUACGUGCUGCAUGGCCAGGGCUGGGUGAAGCACGGAGUCCAUUUAAGGCUUUUAUGAGGCCUUUAUAAGAGCCUAUAAAGCCGUUUAUAAUCCACUCGUAUAGCUUUCAAAGAUUGUAAUAUACUCUGGAAUUACACUUAAAAUGUAAUGUAUCUGAAGAUUAUGGCCAAAUUUGAUUCUGUUACAGUCACGAAACUCCAGAAGAACUGUACUCCUUCCAGUGACACCUUCAAGGCAUCUGCUCCAGGUCAGCACUGAAGUGGGCAAUGUCACUGAGAUUUGCACAGCUCUAACAAGUCAGACCCAUUUUAUUAUGAUUUAAUGAACUGGCAGUUACUAAAGCUAGUUGUAGAAGACUGCAUCAUCCCUUAGUAAUAACUAUAUGUUGUGAAAGAAUUUGAAAAAAUGUAAUAUUUAGGAUGAGCUUUGGUCUUUGGAUUCCCUGAGCCACUUAAUGCUAAAUGAGUGAAACCUUGUCUGCUAUGGGACUCCUUUGACCCUCAGACUAGUUUGGACCUGUAGCGUAUUGCCCAGUCUCAGCAGAUGAAGAGAGAUUCAUUUAGGGAGUGACUGAAAGCAGCUAUGUUGCAAAUCUGUCUUUCUCCAUUGAGCCUUAAACUUGGAUGCCUAAGGCUGGGCGGUGUGCAUAUCCACGGUAAUUGUUAUUUGUUCUUCCAUUUUAUUUGUGAGCUUUUCCUUUUUCUCUCUACGUGUUGAGUAAACCUUUUCACUUAAAUUAUUUUUCAUCUUAGAAAUGAAUGACCUCUGAACAUGAGAUUCUGCCCCUUAACAAGAAAAUGUUUGUACAUUCUGUGUUCUGGCACAGUGCUUCUACCACUUAACCACCUGCUAAACAACCCAUGUUAAGGAACAAGAGAUGGUGUUCCAUUUUUACCCUACGAUGGAAUGAGAUUUCAGUCAAAAGCUGGUAGUUCAGAGAAAGAGCCUGGGUUCAGAGCUGUUACAAAGGGAACUUAUAAAAGUUCACACGUAACCAGAAUACCAAUAUGCAGCACAGGAUUAAAAAAGCAAAAACCAACCCUCACCCCCUUCCGUGUUCAGAUACAUUAACUUCUGUCUGGUAUUACCUGAAUACUUUUGCAAACACCAUUCUUGCUUUAAAUCUCUUUCGCAGUGCUGCUCUGAAUCCCAGCGAACACCCUGUUUAGCAGCUUCGAAGGUGAUAUUCUGCUUCUACAGUACUUCACUUUAAUGAACUGAACAAGAUAUUUACUGUGAAUAUCUGGUGAUAUUUUUUCAGUCACUCUAAACCAGUCUGUGAAAGAAUUUACUAUGAUUUGUCUUUGCUAUAUAAACAACAAUGUGUAUGACUACGCUUGUGCAGUUGCGUGUACAUACACACGUAUAUAUAAUAUCUAUGUAUAGAUAAGUCUAUGGAUUGCAUUUUUGUUAUGUAAAAGCACAUCCUUCAUUUAAUGAUUACAGUUCAAGAAGGGAACUUAAAUCUUCCCCGUAGCUAUCCACUGAAUGUGCUCGCUAGUAUCUUGUUUGUUAAAUGUUGAACUUUCAGGCCAUAUCUUCUGGUUUCUCUAGUGGGCCCAGUUCUCAAGCUUUGUCCAGAUAGUUUGGCUGAUAUUGUGACCGAGAGAAGAUCUGGCAGGCGCUGUGAUAGUCAGGAACCAGAAAUGUAUGUGAAACUGGAAAAAUGUUGUAUCAUAGCUGGUGGGAGUACAGCUUUUAAGCCACUGUUUGUUGCUUGCUCACAGUACCUCUGAAGCUAAGCUGCCCUGGUAUUCCUCUCGUGGCUUCUCCUGCAGGACGGACUGUGGAACAGGCGGGUUUAUUUUUCCUGGUACCGGGGGCUGCUUCAACGUGCUGAGCCUGUUCUCCUUCUCACGUGACACUCAGUCACUGCAUUUCUGCUUUCUCGGCCUAGUAUUAGGUGGUGAAGAGCAUCUACUUAAUGCUUCAUUUCUCCAUAGUCUCCUGUGGGUGUAUUGGCAAUAACAAUGUCUGUGUUUCAGCUGCAAUUCUGAUUCAUUAAGACAAACCUUUUAGAGAGAGACCCGGGCAGGGAAAGCUCCAGAAAUUUGAGGUGAAGUACAGUAGAUUACUGUAUCCUCUAAUCUGACAUAGUUCUGACCACAUUGUUGUGGCAAACAUUGAUUCAACUAAAUAAAAAUAAUGCUUUUUGCAAUAAGAUAUAGCCAACGUUUAGCCUUAAGACCCUUUCAUAAGUGAAACAUUUCAAACUGUGAUUCCAUUCUCCUUCCUUCUUCACGUUCUGUAGUAUUUACAAUGUUGCCUAAAGAUAAAGCACUUUGAUUAGCUUUCUAAAUCUAAUGGAAAUCACUUGUUGGUAAUCACGCUUAUUUCUCCACUUAAUGCCUUCUUAUUAGGAUAAUAAAUUACUCCAAUAGUCCUCUCCCUUUCCAAAACAGAGACAUAAUUAUUGUCUGAACACUUUUGUGUGUCGGGGAGCCAGCUCGACGUAUCAUGAAAGUGUUUGUUUCAAAGAUUUUUUUACAGUGCAACAACGCUACUGCGAAUUUACCUGCAACUGUAAUUUGUUCCAAGCUGAUUGUUGAGUGUUGUGUAAACAUAUUUGACGUGUAAUCCCAGAACAUCUCCAUAACUGGAUUUAAAUGCCUGAUGUCAACAAAGCAGUUUGGGGUUUUCACUCACUGUUCUGAAAGGCAGAUGUCUUUUUCCCUUCCUCCCACUGAAUCUGUGACCACUAACAUAGAAAAAGAAUCAUUUUAGCUGUAGAUGAAAGACGUUCAAUAAUCUUGUAUCAGGAUGAACUGCUAUAUAAAGAAGUACGGAGUUUUCUAAUGAAUGUGUUAUAUUAUUGUACUUACAUACAAUCAAUAUUUGUACAUCUGUUGGAAACCUGUCCGCGUUUCGAUAUUUAGCCACCACUGCAUGGACACUUUAUUGAUAUGCAGUUAAUGCAGUCGCUUUGGAGCUUUUAAAUGUAUUUCACUUGGUUUUAUCCUUUCCAAAAUCCACCAAAUACUCGUUUCUUUUUCUUUGCAUUUGUCACUUUGUUCAAUGAAGCAUGACCAGACAAAGAGAACGAGUAGAUACUAUUUUUGUGGUCAGCAAAGCAGCUGCCAGUAGAUAGACAGUGUGUGUGCAGACAUACUCACUGUUUUGGAAUGUUUCAGUUAUAAAUGCAGCCACCUACAUUAAUGAUAUCCCUGUUAAACAUUUUUAAACAAGCACAAAUAAUAUUUGUAAAAAAAAAAGUUUAAUUUUAUUUAUUAUAGUAAUAAACUAUUUUAUACAUUA